CCUUUCGUCGCAAAGGGCGAUCCCGCGACUGGUGACCAUUCCGACUUUUUCUUGCCAACAUGGUACGGUUGUCGCUGAUGGUUGCCGCUGCGAUCGGGGCGGCUGUGGCGCAGGACCAGACUGCCUCGCGGGCGCCUGUCGAUGUUUCGGCGGCCGACGCGCCGUUCUCUGUGCCGUCGACCGACCGCGCGUUCUGGGCCGAAACGUUCCAAAAUGCGACAACAGCCACGUUCUUUGAAGGUACGACGUGGGUGAAGAGCGCCGGGAAGAAGUACCGCGAACAAAAGAUCAGCAUCAAGAAGGGCAGCAAGUUGCUGGGCAAGUAUGCCGCCGACAAGGCGCUCGUGAUGGAAAACAAGGCGCAGCAUUACGGGUUUGCCGCCAAACUGCCUGAGCCAUUCUUCAUGGACGGGUCCAAGGGCAAGAAGAGCCUCGUCGUGCAGUACGAAGUCAAGUACCCCGAAGUCGUCAAAUGCGCUGGCACGUACCUCAAGCUCCUCCGCGACUCGCCGACACUCGACGUGACGGACCUGCAUGACAAGACGCCGUUCUCCAUCAUGUUUGGCCCCGACAAGUGCGACAAAAACAACAAAGUGCACUUUAUCUUCAACCACCAGAACCCACGGACGAAAACGUACGACGAGAAGCAGCUUCAGAUUUCCCCCGAGGUCAAAAACGACAAGCUGAGCCAUGUGUACACGCUCGCGAUUCACGACGACAAUACGUUCGAGAUGUAUGCUGACCUGACCAUCAUCAAGAAUGGCAGCUUGUACACGCUGUUUCAGCCACCUGUGCUCUUGCCCAAAGAGAUCGACGACCCCACGGACAUCAAGCCGACCACGUGGGAAGAAACCGAGUUCAUCGCGGAUCCCGCUGCCUCGAAACCAGCCGACUGGGACGAAGACGCUCCCCGCACCAUCCCCAACUUGAGCAUCACCAAGCCGGAAGACUGGAACGACGACGUGCGUGGGCCGUGGCGGCAACCCAUGAUGACCAACCCGGAAUACCGUGGCAAGUGGGUGGCCCCGAUGAUUGAAAAUCCAGACUACGUCGGGGAAUGGGAGCCGCGGAAGAUUCCAAACCCCGACUACUUUGACGACGCGCAUCCGGCCCGCAUGGACCCGAUCGGAGCUGUCGCGGUGGAAGUCUGGUCCAUGUCCGAAGGCAUUCAAGUGGACAACCUGUGGCUCGGCCACAACUUGAACGACGCGAAAAAGUUUGCGCGCCAGACGUGGCUGCCCAAGCACGAAGCGGAGAAGAAGGCGGUGUUGAUGGAGCCCGAGCCCAAGAAACCAACGGCCCCCGAGCCGAAAACGAAAGAACCAAAUGUGUUCGAUCGCAUUGAUGAAGCGGUCGCGUGGGUCCAAAAGUACCCGCUCGUCGCUGGCCUGGCCGCCUUCUUUGUCUUUUUGGUCGUCUUGGGCUUCCGUGGCGACCCGCGCCAUCACCCCGGCGCGUACCCCAUGUCCCCGGUCAUCCAAGAAAUCCUCGACUUGGACAAAGGCACAUCGCAAGUGCCGCGUGUGCCCGUCGAUGGGACCGACCUGCGCCAGCGACCGGCCGCGACCACUUCCCGAGAAGCUUAACUUUCAUCCGACCAUCGUGCGUUUUCGUGUUGGAGAGUUUAAACUGCGUGCCGAGCAAUGCAUCUAUCGUCCGUGAUCGCCCGAAUGAAGGGCC